GCCACAGUCAUCAUCAUAGUGGCAUGAUUAUGAGAUGAUUACGAGAGACUUUUAUAUUGAGACAUCAUACUGAUAUAAUUAUUAUUUAACUGAAGUGACAACCUACCUCCCCUCAUGGAUGGUGCCAAAGAAACAACAAGGUUGACAAAGCUAACAGGAGACACACGUGAGAUCAAAUACCAGAUGGAAAAGAACAUCACGAGUAUUACUGACCGAGGCGAAUGUCUGGAUACAUUAGGAGGAAAAGCUUCGUCCAUGAGCUCUGAAGCUGGAACCUUUAAGAAAGGAGCAAGGCGAUUAAAAACGCAGAAAAAGUGGAGCAACAGGAAGCUGCGAAUAUGUUUGGCUAUUUGCAUUCCACUAUCGAUCAUUGCAGUACUUCUGGUUGCUGCUUGCGGUGCAGCUUUGGUGAUUCUCAAGCCUUGGGAUAAUUGAAUAUGAUGAUGUAAGAAUUACGUCAUCAAUUCAGUAUAACCAAGUAGGACGACUGCACAAGGACAAGCUCAAAAGGACUGAUAAUUUUUUAUGUAACGU